GAGUCUCCUCAGACUCGUUUCCCUCAGAGCGGGUCUGGCAAGGGAGGCGAUGGCGGCGAAGCGGCGGGCGGUGCUCUUCGACCUGGGCGGCGUCCUCUUCGGUGGCAGCCUCCCGCGAGUCUUCCGGCAGGUCGAGCCGUCCCUGGGCCUGCCCGGUGAUUUCUUCCAAAAUGCUGCCUUGCAAGGAGGCCUUGAUGGACACUUAUCCAAAGCCAUGACGGGCCAGGUGGCACUCACUCAGCUGAUGGCCGACUUUGAAGAAGACUGCAAGAAGGUUGCUGGUGCCUCUGGAGUCUCCCUCCCAAAACUGUUCUCGGUGGCUCGGAUCUUUGAGGAAUUGAUGGAGGACAAUUCCUUUAGUACCCCUUUCCUGCGGGCAGCUGUGAGGCUCAGGGAGAAGGGCUUCAAGACAGCCGUCCUGACCAACAACUGGGUUGAUGACGGCCCCUUCAGGCACCGUACAGGGCUUGCCCUUUGUCUGCUGAACAGAUAUUUUGACCGGGUGAUUGAGUCGUGUCGUGUCGGUCUGCAAAAGCCAGAUUCCAAGAUCUAUGAGUAUGCGCUGGAUGUGCUGAAGGUGAAACCUGAAGAGGUUAUUUUUCUGGAUGACAUUGGCGCAAACUUGAAGCCCGCUCGGGAGAUGGGCAUGGCCACCAUCCUCGUGAAAGAUGUCGACUCGGCUCUGAAGGAGUUGCAGGACCUGACAGGGGUUCAGCUUCUUGAGCAGGAGGAAUGCCUUCCGCCCGCGUGCGAACCAGAGAGUGUGGUCCACGGCUAUGUGGCAAUCAAGCCUGGUACCCGGCUGCACUUUGUGGAGUUGGGUAGUGGUCCGGUCGUUCUCCUGUGUCACGGCUUCCCAGAGUCCUGGUUAUCUUGGAGGUACCAGAUCCCGGCUCUAGCUGAUGCUGGCUUCCGUGUCAUUGCCUUGGAAAUGAAAGGAUACGGAGACUCAAUAGCUCCCCCAGAGAUAGAGGAAUAUUCCCAGGAAGAAAUAUGCAAGGAUCUGGUGGUCUUCCUGGACAAAAUGGGCAUCUCCCAAGCUACCCUCAUCGGCCACGACUGGGGCGGUGCCACGGUGUGGCACAUGGCUCUUUUUUACCCAGAGCGAGUCAGGGCAGUGGCUGGGCUGAAUACGCCCUACAAGCCUUCAGAUCCCGCAGUGGAUAUAAUGAAGAAGAUUGAAUCCAUACCUGUCUUUGAUUAUCAACUCUACUUCCAGGAGCCAGGAGUUGCGGAGGUUGAACUGGAGAAGGACAUCAGCAGGACCCUGAAGUCUAUGAUCCGCUCGAUCCGGAAGGAGGACAAGAUAAAUGGCCCUUCGCUCGAUGUCAGGAAUUGCCGGGAGCGAGGAGGACUGCUGAAAGGACUUUCCGAAGACCCGCCCUCAAGUUCUCUCCUGCCAGAGCCUGUGCUACAAUACUAUGUCAAACAGUAUCAAAAAUCUGGAUUUAGAGGACCGCUGAACUGGUACCGGAACAUGCAGGCGAACAUGCGCUGGGGAUCCCGUGCAAGGAGCUGGAAGAUCAGAGUUCCUGCUUUGAUGGUCACCGCUGGGGGGGACAGAGUCCUGCACCCGAUAAUGAGCAAAGGCAUGGAAGAAUGGAUUCCACAGCUGAGCCGUGGGCACAUUGAAGAGUGCGGACACUUCACGCAGAUGGAGAGUCCUGCGACUUUGAACAAGAUCCUCAUCGAGUGGUUGGAGGGCGUUCACAAGGAUGUGCCGCUGCAGUCGAUGGCCAAGCUCUAAGCAGGACCUGGGCAACAAACCUGGCUCAAGCGCUGGUGGUUGGCUUUGGGGAGAAGGCAGAAGAAGCCAUUGCGGGUUUACUCUGAAGGGCUUUGGGUGUUUUCAGAAACAAAAUGGAUUUUCAUGUUGGUGGUGUGGGAAAAAUGCGUUACAGUGGUACCUUGGUUUUUAAAUGUCUCCAUUGACAAACAUUUCGGUUUUCAAACACCGUAAACCCAGAGGUAAAUGCUUUGGUUUUUGAACACUUUUCAGGAGUCAAACAUGCCACGUGGCUUCUGUGUUGAGUUUUCCUUUCUGAGGCUCCCAUAUUGAGUUUUCUGUUUUCAAACGUUUCGGAACUCAGACGGUCUUCCAGAAUGGAUUGCAUUCAAAAACCAAGAUACCACUGUAUAAUGUAAGUAAUUUGUUCUUAACAACAGAAAAUGGACUAACAAUCAUGUUUUAAUAGAACAAAGCCCAAAACAACAAAAAUAGCCCCUUCCCCACAAGUUCUCAGCUCAUAUUGAUUCUGCUGACAGUUAAUAGGUGAGAGAAUAAUUAUAUUGUUAAGAAAACUAUCCAAGAUAAUUUACUUGGCUUAAAAGUUGCACUUCAGGUCCAACACACCAUGGUUUAUUGGGCUGAGAAUAAGCACUUCCUCCUUGAAUCAUAGAAUUGUAGAGUUGGAAGAGACCCAAAGAACCAUCUAGUUCAGGGGUCAGCAACCAUUUUCAGCUGUGGGCCGGUCCGCUGUCCCUCAGGGGGGGGGGGGCAGACUAUCUAUCUAUCUAUCAUCUAUCUAUCUAUCUUAUCUAUUGGGGGGGGGUGUGAACGAAUUCCUAUGCCCCACAAAUAACCCAGAGAUGCAUUUAAAAUAAAAGGACACAUUCUACUCAUGUAAAAACACUGAUUCCCGGACCAUGCGCAAGCCGGAUUGAGAAGGUGAUUGGGCCGCAUCCAGCCCCUGGGCCUUAGGUUGCCUACCCCUGAUCUAGUCCAACCCAUGCACCUACCUGAAGAGGAGGCCUCCUAGCUUGUUGAACUACAGUUUCCCAAAGACGUGCAAAUCAGAAGCUUAUGGUUCUUAAGCAUGUCCUACAAAAAAAUGGGUUGCAAACCACAGUCAAAUCAUGGUUUACAAUCCGGGUCUGUAGGCAGCACUUAAACCACUGUUUCCAGGUUCCAGCAUCAGAGGGAAAGCGGCUUAAGAAACCCAGGGUGAUUAUUGCUGUGGUUCACAUCUGCAAGGCCAGAGGUUCCCCAUCCCUCCUGUAAGAUUUUGAAGAUUCGGUUGCAAGUGUGCAAGUCCAGAAACCCCCAAAGCCAGAGAAUCUGUUCACUUAAGAGUUCCACCAAGUGAGGGUGAGGUUCCUGUGCCCCGCAUCUGUGCUCCUUUGCCUUAACUAGGAAAAUCAGGACAAAUCGUGGAGAAUAGGGGAGAGUAUUAUGCAAAUUCUGGGCUCAGAAGUUGGUGUCAGGAUUCUAACACAGAGCUGUGCCUAACUGGAGGUCCCAGGAAUUGAGUCUUGGGCCUUCCAUUUUCCAUGAAAAACAUGUGCCUUACUGCUGAACAAAAAACCCAACCCUGCCUUAUGCUGCUGCUGCCGCUGCUGCUUCAGAAUGUCUUAGGAAUCUGUUUACUGGGGUGGUGAAUUACUGGCUUAUGUUGAUUGGAGGAAAGGUCUUCCUCUCUGCUGCUUUUAUUCCUGCAACAACUACUUGUAGAAAAUAAGUAACUGGAAUAAUAA